AUGGAUUCUCCGUCGUGUGUGACGGUCGCGCAGCUAGCAAUUUCCAAACCUUUGAAGCACCACCGUCCUUUGGUCAGAGGUAGAGUCAGACAGCUUCAUAGCCGCCUCAACUCCGUUACGCCCUUUCGGUGCUCUUCCGCUGCGAACGACACCGUCAUCCCUCUCCACGUUGGGGGAAUGAUGUGCGAAGAUCAAGAAGAUAUCAACUGA